CGAGGACCGCCGCCGCUUACAAUGGACCGCCAGGGGGCGGCGAUAAACACGUCACACGAGCGCCAGCCUCACCCAACAAACGAGAGAAAAGCAAACAAAUCGAAAAUAAAUAAGAGAAAAGGUACAAGCUCGCUUGCGCAGCCCAGCGCGAGGUCCUGUGGACGCCAUUUCGGAAUAAGCGAGCCCAACUUCCGGACCGUUAAGCACAAGCUUUUCCGAGCAAUCCAACCGGUAGUAGCAAUUCUUGUGCCUCAGGAUUUACCCUGCUUCUUAGGGCGCAUGGGCGAAUUUACAUUGCGUGGCGAUGCAAACCCUGUUUGGUGCCGUGGAGAGCUCGAACUCUCCGACAAUAAGCAAGCUCGAAAUUAUCCAGCCUAGGACCGUCGAUCUGGGCUGCCCCAGCUCCGCUUUGCAUAAAAGGCUGGCGCAUGGGAUGUAUCCCUGAGAAGGUAAAGAUCGGCCAAGUUUCAAGAUCAGCGGACUCGGGGAGCUUACUCACGCCACGUCCACCAUCUCGCAAAGGGCCGACGGCACAGUCGUAGUGAACUUUGCUAGAUGGCCUCAGUUUCAGCCACCCGGAGACGGAGACUCAAUGUCGCUGCAGACGCGAAAGCGGUAUCAGUUUACGGGCCCCGGGCUGCGAUAGGCUGCGGCUGGGUAUACUACAAGUACUGCACCACCUCCCCGUAUGAAUCCUCAAACCCCACGUCCUUCUUCCACCUAAUCUCUUCAAUAUUCAGCAACUAUCAUGAGCAGCUCGCUGAUCGUGUACGCCAUCGGCGCCACAGGCACCCUCGCCGCGCUCGCUCUCUGCAACCUCGUUCUGCUCGUAUGGAGAAUAAGCACGUCCCCCCUCCAACACCUCCCUGGCCCGCCAAACGAAAGCUUCGUCUGGGGAAACGCGAAAACUACAGAGCGAGAGGGGCACUCGGUGCCUCAGGACCGAUGGGUUCAGCAGUACGGGCAUACUAUCGCUUACAGGAGUGCCUUUGGCGUGUGCAAACUAUGGACAAUGGAUACCCGCGCGCUGAAUCAUAUCAUGACGCACUCUUCCAUCUACCAGCGUGCGCCGCCGUCCAGGUAUCAACUCUCCCGCGUUGUCGGCCCCGGCGUUCUCGUAACCGAAGAUGAACAGCACAAACACCAGCGCCGCGUGAUGAACCCCGCAUUCGGCCCCGCACAAAUCCGCGAGCUGACAGAGAUCUUCACGGACAAGUCGAACCAGAUGCGGGACUGCUGGCUCGAAGAGAUCUCCAAGAGCGGCGGUGUGUCCGCACGGGUCGACGCGCUGUCGUGGCUCAGUCGCACGACGCUCGACAUCAUCGGUCGUGCGGGCUUCGGGUACGACUUUGAGGCACUGAACCCGGGGGAGAAGACCAACGAGCUGAACGAGGCGUUUACGACGCUGUUCGCUGAGCCCAAGGCAGAUCGACUGUUCUUCGCGGGAUUGCAGGCGAGCAUCCCUCUGCUGCGGCUCAUCAACAAUCGCAUCAGUGAGCGGGCCCAGGCGGUCAUGCGCCGCAUGGGCAUGAAACUCAUCGCGGAGAAGAAGGCCGCGAUCAUGGCAGAGACUUCCGAGAAGGGCCGCGGAAUCGAGCGCAAGGAUAUGACAGAGCGCGACCUGCUCACCCUUCUCAUCCGCGCGAAUAUGGCGACAGACAUUCCUGAAGACCAAAGACUGACUGACGACGAGGUCCUUGCACAGGUCCCGACGUUCAUUGUUGCCGGACACGAGACGACGAGCACGGCGACGACAUGGGCGCUGUUCUCUCUUUCCCAACGGCCCGAUGUCCAGAGCAAGCUGCGCGAGGAGCUGCUGGACGUGUCCACGGACAGUCCAAGCAUGGACGAGCUGAAUGCGCUGCCGUACCUGGACGCGGUCGUGCGUGAGACGCUGCGGCACCAUUCGCCUGUGCCGGACGUCAUGCGCCAGGCCGUGCAAGACGAUGUGAUUCCCGUAGGGACACCGUACACGGACAAGCAUGGCAGGGUGCGCGAGCACAUCGAGAUCAAGAAGGGUGAUAGCGUGUAUCUGCCUAUCUUGGCCCUCAACCGGCGCAAGGAGAUAUGGGGCGACGACGCACAUGAAUUCAAGCCUGAGCGCUGGGAGCACACACCUGAGGCGGCAGCGAGCAUGCCGGGGAUAUGGGGCCACCUCCUUACGUUCCUGGGUGGGCCGCGCGCAUGCAUCGGCUACCGCUUUUCCCUCGUCGAGAUGAAGGCGCUUCUGUUCGCGCUUGUGCGGGCGUUCGAGUUUGAGCUUGGGGUCCCGGCUGAGGUCGUCAAGAAGCGGAGCAUCAUCGUCACGCGCCCCGUCAUCACCGGCCCCGACGGCAAGACCAAGGGAUCGCUGCCGCUUAUUAUCAGGCCGUACAGGGUGUAGAACAGAGUUAUGUGCUAGAGAACAUCGUAUUAUUUGGAUGUGGACGCUAGCAUUGGAUGCCUGACUAUCGAAAUAUCUAGAAUAUGGCACACAG